AUGGGACUGAUGAGAAAAAGAACAUCACUAGCCUGUGAAAAUUGUAGGAAGAGGAAGAUAAAAUGUAGUGGUGGACCAGUCUGUCAAGAAUGUGCUAGGUUUGGGUCUAGAUGUUUUGUCAGAUCUCAGUAUCGAGCAACAAAGAAAUCGAUUGCUAGAGCACAAUCGAGAGGAAUUAAGUCACCUAUAGUAAAUAAGGAAACCAUAGAAUUCCCUGAUUUGCCAAUUAGUGGUCAAAAUAAUAUAUCUGAAUAUUUUGGAUCGACGAGUAAUUUUUCGUUUGUAAAUCAGCUAAAUAACUUGUUACGGCCACUCCUGAAUUCUGAAUAUGAAGAGCAGGGCAAAGUACAAGGAUUAGAAAGAUUUGGGAUCAAGCCUACAAUAUUGGAGUAUUCGUGGUCUUUUGAUUUAUCAUUAGAAAAUUUUAGUACUGAAUCAAUGAAUAAAUUAUUAGUUGCAUAUCUAGAAACCUGGGCAAUUCCAAUACCGGUAUUCAAUGCAACUGAAUUAUUCACAUUAGCAUCAAAAACCUGGAUGAAUCCACACGCUUCACCAGAAGAUAGAGCACUUCUUUAUUUGGUCUUGUCUGCCGGAGCAGCAACAUCAUAUUUUGAUAAUGAAGAAAGUAGCCCAAAUGCAUUCCCCGUAGCGAAAGCUUUCUAUAAUUUAGCUUUCCAGACAGUACCGACGAUUUUUUCCAAAGUAUCAUUUGAUUCGGUAAGAAUUAUACUUCUUAUGUGUUUAUGUGCUUGUUCUUUAGGAGAUACGGCACUUUCAUAUACUUACAUUGGAUUUGCAAUGAGAAUUCUGUUAGCAAUUGGGCUUCAUAAAAAUAAUGUGGUUAAGGUCCUGUCUAAUUCAUUCGGAAGCAGUCAUCAUAAACGAGUAUGGGCUGCUGUUUGGCAAUUUAAUAAAUAUUGGAGCUUUUCUGUGGGUAGGCCGAAUGGGAUAAGUGACAAUGUGGGAGCACCAUUAGUUAAAGAAGAAGAUUUUAAGUAUGAUGGAUAUGGGGAACUGAAAGAAUUUAAAAUGACUGUUGAACAUCUGAGAGUAAGAAUCUGUUUUGCAUCCUUAUUACUGAAGAUUGACGAUGAAUUAUAUAAUUCCAAAAAUGACCUUUUAACUAUGGUCGGUAUUAUUGAACAAUUUUCGUAUGAAAUUGAUGACGUAUAUUUAAGUAGUAGUGACAUGCAAAUAAUUCAAACUGAUGUCACCGAUGAUGUAAAAAAUUUAAGAAAGGAAAGAAUCAUCGAAUGGUUUUGGAUUAGAAUCUAUUAUCUUUAUAUUAAAUUAAUCUUAUUCCGUCCAUUUUUAAUUUUCAGUGCUUAUCUUGACAACAAUGGUACUCAAAUUCCUGAUUCUUUAAGAAAUAAAAUCGAAGCAGGAUCAAAAAAUUGUGUUGAUGUUGCAAUUGAAUUAUCAGACUUCAUUAUAAAACUAAAUAAUAAGGUUAGGUUAACUCAACCCAUAGUUUUCAUAAGUACUUAUUUAGAAGGUACUUCCACUGUACUUUUAUUUUAUAUUGUUAGUAAUUUUGCUGAUAUUUCAGACAAUAUGGCUAGAAAAUUAUGGAAGGUACUACAAGACAUCCGAGAUUUCCUUAAUGGUUCAUAUGGUUGCUACCUUGAUACGACAAAAAUUCUAGCAAGAGAUGGAUUAAAUUCAUUGUAUAAUGUAUUAACAUCAAGAAAUAUUGAUAAAAAUGAUAGAAGUUUUACCUACCUUGAUAAAAUUAUGGAACCUGUUAUAUCAACACGGCUGGGAAAUGCAACACAAAAUGCUGAAAUUGAAGAAAUUUGGCACAAGGCCCUAAAUUCAGUAACCUUUUCAUGA